AUGUAUAAUACUUUAUUCAAUAUAACACAAACUCAAUGUAUAUGUGAAAUGAUAAAAGUAAAUGAUUCAAUAUCUGCUCUAAAUUAUUUUUCAACAAAUCAAACUUGUCAAUUAUUUCGUACAAAUAUUACUUUAAUUUUUCUUGAAUAUUAUUCAAAUUCUACUUUUAUAUUUCUUAAUCAAUCAUCAAUAUCAAUAUUAAAUAUUCGAGAAUAUCCACCUAGUACGCCCUUAUCAACACCGACAACAAUAUCAUCAUCAUCAACAACAACAACAUCAUCAACAACAACAAUAUCAUCAACAACAACAACAACAACAUCAUCAACAGCAACGUCAACAACAAGUGCCUUCAACUUUUUUCCUGAUAAUAUUAUUUAUCCAGUUGGUUCUACUCCACGGUCGGUAGCAGUCAUCGAUGUGAAUAACGACAAUAAACCUGAUAUUGUUGUUGCCAACUUAGGUUCAAAUAACGUCGGCGUUCUUCUCAACGUAGAGAAUGGUACUUUUCUGAAACAAGUUACUUACUCAGUUGGCAAUAGUCCAUUUUCAGUAGCAGUCGUUGACGUGAAUAGUGAUAAUGAACCCGAUAUUAUUGCUGCAAAUUUCGGUUCAAAUACCAUCAGUAUACUUUUCAACGUGGGCAACGGCACCUUUCUGAAUCAAACUACUUACUCAGUCGGCUCUUCUCCAUACUCAGUAGCAGUCGUUGAUGUCGAUGGCAGCAAUAAACCCGAUAUUAUUGUUGCAAACUCUGGUUCAAAUACUCUCAGCAUUCUUCUCAACGCAGGCAACGGUAUUUUUAAUGCUCAAACUACUUACUCAGUUAGCUCUACACCAUACUCAGUAACAGUCAUCGAUGUGAAUAACGAUAAUAAACCAGAUAUUAUUGUUGCAAACUAUGGUUCAAAUACCGUCGGUGUUCUUUUCAACGGAGGCAAUGGCACCUUUCUACAUCAAACUACUUACUCGGCUGGCACUGGCCCGAUUUCAGUAGCAGCCGUUGAUGUCAAUGGUGACAAUAACGCUGAUGUUGUUGUUGCAAAUUUCGGCUCAAAUACUGUCGGUGUUUUUCUUAACGUAGGAAAUGGCACCUUUUUACAUCAAACUACUUACUCAGUUGGCUCUGGUCCACGGUCGGUAGCAGCCGUUGAUAUGAAUAACGACAAUAAACCAGAUAUUAUUGUUGCAAACUCUGGUUCGAAAACCGUCAGUCUUCUUCUUAACAUAGGAAAUGGCACCUUCAUGAAUCAAGCUGCUUAUCCAGUUGGUUCUUAUCCAUGCUCUCUAGUAGUCAUCGAUGUCAAUAAUGAUAAUGAACCAGAUAUUAUUGUUGCCAACCGUGAUUCGAACUCCAUCAAUGUUCUUUUACAUUUUUAA